AUGAGAAUAAAGAAAAUCUAGGGGGCCCGAAAUUUUAGCCUAGGAUGUGGAAAAUAAUUCGGAGGACCCACCGCCUCUGAUCGCUUCGCCGUGCCUUUCCCGCUUGCCGUCGCCUCCGGAAUCGCUGCGCCAUCCAACUACCGGCAUUCCUUCUCGUUUCUUCAUGUAGAGACAAAAAUCCGAGAAAGGUCGGCGGAAAAGGAAAUAAAGAAACAUCCACCACCAUCCUUGUCACGUUGUUGUCGCCUGUCGCCACCGGCUGCGGAAGGAAAUCGACGAGCAGAUCGAUAGACUAAGAUUGACGAGGCAGAAAUCUCUCCUCUGCAGGGCAACGCUCGUGGUCCUGCUGCAAUCGUCAGCUCCACCAUUUCCGAAUCGCUGUUGCAUUCUUUGAUGGGAAGAGAGAGACGGAAACCUUAAAGAAGCAGUCUUCAACUUGGACCUGCCCAUUCCCCUGUUCUUGAUUAUCAAUCUGAACCCCAGGACAUUCUGUUUUGGCUGUCAGAGGUUGGCAUUUGCAGAAUCAAGGUUACAGAUCUGGUAAACCUGCUUGAUUCCAAAAUAGUCAUGCGUGAUUAUUGGUGGUUUCUCCUAGACAUGAAAGGAGAGUCUCCAUAUAUCUUACCUGUCGUGCCCCUUCUCUCACAUAGUUGCAGCAACCACUUAUUUGCUCAAUUUAGCUCAUUUAUGGAUAAAUUCACGGAUCAGUCUCGGUUGUUAGAUGGCCCUGGCCGUAUUACCGAAGAAGCUUUUCAUCGUACUUCAAAGUUAGCAGGUUCUCUACUUCUUUGGUUUACUGGUACAUCCAGUUCCUAUUUGAACAGGCAAGUAUCGAGAAUUAAGCAUGUUCCAAGCCACAAAAGCUUUCAGGUUUCGGAGCAAGUUAAGCACGCCACUCCGAUGGAAUUUUAUAUUGAUGGGUUUUGCUCUGGUUCUGCCUCAAAAGGAAAACCUUUCUCCUCAGAGGUGUUUAAAAAGAUCUCUGGUAUUUUGACAAGGCUAUUGUCUAGAGAAGCUGACAGGAACCAGUCAUUACCUGUGCUAUCAUUAGCUAGCGCCUUCAUUCCACCAUUUAAGAAUUCAUCUCCUGAAUUAUUAGGUGGGAACCCUGAUAAUAAAGCAGUUAGAGUGCGCACUUUCUUUGAUCAAAGCCAGCAUGACAUUGAACCUCGGGGAUGUUCAAUCUGUUCAUGUCCUGACAUAAACUGGGAAAAUCAUGCCAUUGAGCCAAGAACUGGCAUUGAGUUCCCAAUAGUACUUAAUAGUUCAACCCAGGAGAAGAAAUCUAAUCUAUCUCCGGAGAUCCUUGUUGGAACUGGUUCAAGAACCAUGAAAAUAAUCAAAAUAAAGUCUCUUAAAGUCUACGCAUUUGGUUUCUAUGUCCAUCCUAACUCGCUCUGUGAGAAGUUGGGUUGGAAAUAUGCUUCCAAUCAAGUAUGUGAAGUAGGCAAGAAGCAUGACUUCUACCAGGACCUUCUCAGGGAGGAUAUUGGCAUGACUGUUCGUCUUGUGAUAAACUGCAAUGGAAUGAAAAUCAAUACCGUGAGAGAUGCUUUUCAAAAAUCACUUCGAGCUCGACUACUGAAGACAAACCCCAGCACUGAUUACAGUUGCCUGGAAGCAUUUGGCUCAUUGUUUACAAAAGAUAUUCCAUUGCCCGCAGGAACCACUGUUGAUUUUAGGCGCACAGCUGAUGGCCAUCUAAUAACUGAAAGUAAGAAAUAGUUGGUCUUUAGGUUGCAUCCAUUCACGUUUGAGAAAGUGAGCUUCUGUAGGUUCAUCCUUGAAAUCUAAAGCUUGCAUGUACCUGCUCUGCCCUCUGUCGCUGAUUAUUGGUUUCUCACUCAAAUUACUUAAUGUCAGUAAUGAUGAGUCAUAGUGGUAUAUGUGCCUCCAGUUAUGUCUGAGUGUAGAGCUCGUUCUUUUUCAUGUAGUUGAAGGAAAUCAUAUUGGAGCAAUCCGGAGCAAGGAACUAUGCAGGGCUUUCUUUGACAUGUAUCUAGGGGAUAUUCCAGUUUCGGAGCAAACAAAGGAAGAUAUUGGCAAAAAUGUGGCGAGUAUCAUUAGGAAAUGCUAAGCCAUCACAACUCCGUUGUCUCGAUUUUUGAAGGAGACAUUUGGCGGGCUAAUGGAAUGAAUAAACAUCUUUGCUUAGCAGAAAGUGUGAAUUCAGGAAUAGUGCUGUGGUAUUGAGCUAGUGGGCACAACGUAGAGUAGAGGUACUGGUUUAUGUGAGAGUCAUUAGAGAUUGAAUGCACGUCGUUUCCAGAUGCCUAGCUGGAGCUUCAUCUGCUGCUUAGGCGAGUUCCUUUGAUCAACAAGGGGAAGGAGGAUCCAUCCUCGAUUAAGGGUGGUUCCGGUAAAGUCUUGCAGAUUAUACUCUACCGUUGGUUACCGACACAACAAAUGGCAUAAAACGUGCAAAUAUUGUCCAUGUUUCAAGGUGGAUCGCUUGUCCAUAUUUAUUAUCUAGCACAGUACGAAGAGUUAUUUGGUCCCUUUGUUACCGAUACAACCAAUGGCUUAAAAUCUUACUCCGAUCCUGUGCUUGAGUAUAUGAGACAUUAUUUUUCUAUCAAGGGAGUAAUUAGUUUUUUUUCGUAGUCA